AUGAAUUUCGAUGAUGCUUCUUUAUCUUCACUCCAUACUUACAGAGUUAAAACCCGUUAAUAGCAAAAAGGAAUUUAACCUUCCAUUCAAAAAUCAAAAAGAAAAUACUGUCAUAUUUCUCCUGAUAGAAAGAAUCAGUUAAUAUCUCUCGUGCUCGAUAAAAAGCUUAGAAUUAAAGAUGCAGCUGUUAUUUGUAGUUUAAAUUAUUCCACAGCCAAAACCAUACUGUAUACUUUGAGACAUCGACCUCCUAAGUAAGCUGGAGUAUAGCCAAUUUCGAAUUCAAGAAAACAAAACCUCACCGUCAAAAUUCUUAUCAAGGGCAAGCUUGUGAAUGAAUAUGAUUUUUAUAAAAAAUCGAAUCAGAGUUGAAGUAUAUUAAUUACAUCUCAUAAAUAAAAUCUUAUGAAAUUGACAUUUA